GGUAAAGAAGAAGGAGAAGAAGACGCGGCUGCGGGCGAACCGCAGACUGAACGUACUUCUAUGUGUGUGGUCUCAUCUUUAAAAGGGUUGUUUUCUGUUAGACUGACGUUAAGAGUCUCUGAGGACGAACGACAGGUUGCAGUUAGACGCUAGUUCAUGUUUUGCUAAAGGGAAAUAAGUGUUCACCGCUGUCCCCCUCUGUGGGCUCCAUCCCACUACUCCUGUGAAUGUUACCGGUUCGAGCACCGCUGGGUCUCUUCUCCUCAAGUGCAUCAUGUCGCAUGCUGGUGCAGCCUCACAAAAGCCUGCUAGGAACCAGAAGACAUCACCCCAUGGUUCCAGCUAUCGCAGCAUGAAAGAAAUUCAUAUUGAUGAAGAGGUCAAGAUAGCAGUGAACCUCUCUUUGGAAGGUUUUCGCUACAGUGAUCAGAAAGAGAUGACAUUUCCUUCCUCCUUGACCAGUACAGAGAGGGCUUUCAUUCAUCGAAUGGCACAGUCGCUGGGCUACAUUUCAAAGAGCAAAGGAAAGGGGCAAGAUCGCUUCCUCACCAUCAGGAAGAAGGAUGGGUCAGAUAAACCUCACCUUAUCAUACCCCUCACACUCUCCCACCAUUCUGUGUAUUUGAUCCGCUGUCUUCUUCAGAGGUUUCCCAUCAGCAAGAGGGAACGCACAGACGUGCAGCCCACCAACAAAAGUGGCAUGUCUGUGGCUGCAGAACCUGAAAACAGUUAUGACAGGAACAGGGCAAGUGGGCGCUUAAACAACGGCAUUCCCAUGGUGCCUCAGAGGACGGUUCCAUCAGAGCUAGACAAUUUUCGACACUCCCUGCCUGUUUAUGAACAUAAGGAGGAAAUUGUCCAGCUUAUCAGAGAAAACAAGGUGGUACUUGUGGUGGGCGAGACUGGCUCUGGAAAAACUACACAGAUCCCACAGUUCUUGCUAGAUGACUGCAGCAAGAAUGGAGAACCCUGCAGGAUCUUCUGCACUCAGCCUAGACGCCUGGCUGCCAUUGCUGUUGCUGAGAGAGUGUCAGCUGAGAGAGGGGAGCAUGUGGGCCAGACUGUCGGUUAUCACAUCAGGCUGGAGAGCAGGGUCUCUCCUAAGACACUGCUGACCUUUUGCACCAGUGGAGUGUUCCUCAGAACAUUGAUGGCUGGAGAUGCUAGCCUGACAACUGUCACACAUGUCAUUGUGGAUGAGGUGCAUGAGCGUGAUGGUCUGACUGACUUCUUGCUCACUAAGAUGCGGGAUCUCCUUCAGAAGAUCCCCACCCUGAAACUGAUCCUCUCCAGUGCAGCUCUGGAUGUAGACCUGUUCCUUCAGUACUUUGGCUCCUGCCCUGUUAUCCACCUUAAAGGAAGGCAGUUUGAAGUAAAGGAACUCUUUCUGGAAGACAUUCUGAGACUGACAGACUAUAACAGUAUGGACAUUGGGAAAUACAAGGAAGAGACGCAGACAAAAGAGAGAAAGCAGAAAUGUUUGACAGAGUGGUGUGAAGCAGUGAAAACCCACUCUGUUGGGAAGAAACAGAGGACUCGUGUGUUAGAUCCAGGCUUUCUCCAGGAUAGCAGCUGUGGAGACCGAGAAGACAGAGCCAUCCACAUGCUGAAUAAAAAUGGUACAGAACCGCUGGAGCCAUGGCUGCUUAAAGAGAUGGACUCCUGCAUUUCCAGCAUUUUCCUUAAUGAAGACCAGGAUGCUUUUAUUCAGCUCUUCAACCUUAUCAUCAAUGAAAGUGUUAACGUGGACUACGCACACAGGGAGACAGGGACAACACCUCUGAUGGCAGCAGCAGGUCGAGGAUUCAUUACGCAGAUGGAGCAGUUGCUCUGCAUGGGUGCUGACAUCAACAAAAAGGCAUCCAAUGGAUGGACGGCCUCAGACUUUGCCAAACACUUUGAGCAGACAAAUGCUGUGGAUCUACUCAAAUCCUCCAUUCCUUUGGGAGAAGUUACCAACGUGGAUGAGCUGGCUCUGGUGCAGCGUGGCACUGCAGAGAUAAGCACUGACGAGCACGAGCUGCUCAAACUGUACCACCACAAAUUUGACGAUCAGUGGGUUGACCUGGAUCUCAUCAUGGAUCUGCUGCACAACAUCUGCUCCACCACUAGUGAUGGUGCUGUCCUGAUUUUUCUUCCCGGAUAUGAUGAAAUCGUAGCACUCAGGGACCGCAUCCUAUAUGAUGAUAAGAGAUUCUUCAUCCACUCUGACAGGUACCAGGUCUUCACUCUACAUUCAGACAUGCAGACUUUGGAUCAGAAGAAAGCCAUGAAGACCUCUCCACCUGGUGUCAGAAAGAUAAUUCUUUCUACUAACAUUGCUGAGACGAGCAUCACCAUCAAUGAUGUGGUCUUCGUCAUCGAUUCGGGAAAGGUCAAAGAGAAGUCUUUUGAUCCCCUUAGUCAUGUUUCCAUGUUAAAGACAGUUUGGAUCUCUAAAGCCAGCUCUCUGCAAAGGAAAGGAAGAGCGGGGCGCUGCAGACCAGGGAUCUGCUUCCAUCUCUUCAGUCGGCUCAGGUUCAACAACAUGCUUGAAUUCCAGGUCCCACAGCUGCUGAGGAUGCCACUGCAGGAGCUGUGUCUUCAGACCAAACUGCUGGCUCCUACUUCCUGCCCAGUAGCUGAGUUCUUAUCUAAAGCUCCGCAACCUCCUCCAGCACAUGCAGUUCGUUACGCUGUGCAAAUGCUGAAGAUAAUAGAUGCUAUGGACCAGCAUGAAGACCUAACUGAUCUUGGGUACCACCUGGCUGAUCUACCUGUGGACCCCCACCUGGGCAAGAUGGUGCUGUGCGGAGUUGUCCUGAAGUGUCUGGACCCCAUUUUAACCAUCGCCUGUACUCUGGCUUAUCGUGAUCCCUUCAUCCUUCCCACCCAGAGCUCUCAGAAAAGAGCUGCUCUACAGUGCCGCCAGCGUUUCACUUCUAGCACCUUCAGUGACCACAUGGCCCUACUUAGAGCUUUCCAGGCAUGGCAGAGGGCUCGCAGUGGCGGUUGGGAAAGAUCUUUCUGUGAGAAGAAUUUCCUGUCCCAAGCUACCAUGGACAUGAUACUUGGCAUGAGGACACAGCUGCUAGGACAGCUCCGUGCUAUUGGUUUUGUUCGAGCCCGUGGGGGCAGUGACAUCCGUGAUGUGAAUCUGAAUUCUGAGAACUGGGCUGUGGUGAAGGCAGCCCUAGUGGCUGGCAUGUAUCCAAACCUUGCACACAUCGACCUUGGGACCUCCCUGUGCUCCAGUAACAAGGAGAAGAAGAUUCACUUUCAUCCAACAUCCAUCCUGAGCCAGGUCCAACUCAAGAACGGCACAAACAAAUCAGCCCAGGCCCUUCCCACAGACUGGUUGAUCUAUGAUGAGAUGAGCCGAGGUCAUAGGAUGGCACAUGUCCGCUGUUGUUCCAUAGUGACUGCCAUCACAGUUGCAAUAUUUGGAGGUUCGGCCAAACUACCCAGCUCGGCCCUUCAUGAACCUGCUUCACAGAGAGCUGCUGAAUGUCAACGGGAUGACAGCAGUGACAGUGAGACAGAAGACUUAUCUGAGAUGAGGAUAGAUGAUUGGAUUGUCUUCCAGUUGGACAGUGAGGCUGCAGGACUGGUAUUCGAACUAAGGCAGAAGUGGCAAAAUUUGUUUAUGAAGAGGAUUCGUUGUCCUUCAAAGCCCUGGUCUCAACAGGAUGAGACUAUCAUCCAGACUCUCGUUUCUGUGCUUGGAGCAGAGGAGCAGAGAGCAGGCCUGCACCAGCCCCCAGGGAUUGGUCAGCGGCCAAGACCCAUGUCAUCAGAGGAGGGCUUGAAGACCUCUAUGAAGAGCUCCAAUAACAGCCCCCGACCAGCCACCAGUACAACAAAUGACAAGUCUUGUCGGAUGCCAUCUUCAGACCUGCUUCAGGUGAAACCCCACUUCAGAGAUGAGGCCUCACUGCCUAUAAAUCAGCGCACUGACGAUCUCCACUCUUCCAGCAGUUCUUCCUGCUCUGUGACUUUGGAUAGUCCCUCUGACAACUCCUGUCCUUCGACCUUAGGAAAGCAGACAAUAAAGCCAGUACCUCCUGGCCUGGUCUUUUCAUCAGUCCGAUACUUCAUAAUGAAGAGCAGUAACAGCAGGAACUUAGAAAUUUCUCAGCAGAAAGGUAUCUGGUCCACUACACCAAGCAAUGAGACCAAACUCACCAAGGCUUUCCUGGAGAACAGCCUCAUCAUCCUCAUCUUCUCUGUUCAGGGCUCUGGACACUUCCAGGGCUAUGCUCAUAUGACAUCAGCCAUCAGUCAGGAGAGCUGCCAGGACUGGGGCUUCAUGGGACUAGGAGGGAUGUUUAGUGUUGAGUGGAUCCACAAAGAGAGUCUUCCCUUCCAGUACACCCAACAUAUCCUCAACUCGUGGAACAACAACAAAAUGGUCCAGAUCAGCAGGGAUGGGCAGGAAUUGGAGCCCCAAGCAGGCAGCCAGCUGCUCUUACUGUGGGAGAGAAACUCUGGGAAUCCAGUUCAGUAAGAGUUAGCAGCCACCACGCCACAUGGCAGGACACUGGAAAAGGAACAGAUUCAUUUGAAGGAGAAAGAAAAGUUCAACUCUUGGGUGUGAUUUCACAACUUUGUUUUGUAUUUUCAUUUUGCCUGUUUAAUAGGUAAGACUCUAAUUUCACUUUCCGACGUGUUCAAAAUAGUACAAAUGUUCUUACAAACAGUAUGUUCACCAUUGAAUGACCGUGACUCUACAUACAUCGUCACCAGGAUAGUAAAGAAUCUACUGGCGUAGAAUAAAAAAGAAAUCUAUUCAUAUCACAUAUGUGUUACCUGUUUUGAUUGCACAAAUACCAAGGGCUCUUGCACUUAAUGCUGAUUGUUGAAAUUAUUUGUUCGUUUUUUCUAGUAAAAUUUUAAGAGGUUAAUAAUUUACGUGUCAUUAUUAUUGUUAUCUUUACAUGAAUUAAUACCUCCUGAGACCUGUUUUUUGGAAUUUUAUUUCAUUUUAUGUUCAUGCUAGAAUUUGGCCACUGAAAUGUAAACAAGUUUGUGUUUGCAGUUGAGAGUAGGCAUCACCGUAAUUGUGUUAAUGGGAUACCAAAAAUGUAAUUAAAAUUUUUACUCUUAAA